UCCUACUGCUUACCGCCCCCCGCCCCCCGCGCCAGGGCAGGGCGGGGCAGGCUGCUCCGAGACCCCGCCUCCUCCUGCCGCCACCAGCCCCGCCUCUCCAGCUGCUGCCGGCUCCCUCCGGCCCCGCGGUGCGGUACGCGCGUGCGCUGGCCCUCGCCUCGGAGCAGCCAUGAUGGAAGGCCUGGACGACGGCCCCGACUUCCUCUCGGAGGAGGACCGCGGACUUAAAGCAAUAAAUGUAGAUCUUCAGAGUGAUGCUGCUCUGCAAGUGGACAUUUCUGAUGCUCUUAGUGAAAGAGAUAAAGUAAAAUUCACUGUACACACAAAGAGUUCAUUGCCAAAUUUUAAACAAAAUGAGUUUUCUGUAGUUCGACAACAUGAGGAAUUUAUCUGGCUUCAUGAUUCCUUCAUUGAAAAUGAAGACUAUGCGGGUUACAUUAUCCCACCAGCACCACCAAGACCUGAUUUUGACGCUUCAAGGGAAAAACUUCAGAAGCUGGGAGAAGGAGAAGGGUCCAUGACAAAGGAAGAGUUCACAAAGAUGAAACAGGAACUGGAAGCUGAAUAUUUGGCAAUAUUCAAGAAGACUGUUGCAAUGCAUGAGGUGUUCCUAUGUCGUGUGGCAGCACAUCCUAUUUUGAGAAAAGAUUUAAAUUUUCAUGUCUUCUUGGAAUAUAAUCAAGAUCUGAGUGUGAGAGGAAAAAAUAAAAAAGAGAAACUUGAAGAUUUCUUUAAAAACAUGGUAAAAUCAGCAGAUGGAGUAAUUGUUUCGGGAGUAAAGGAUGUAGAUGAUUUCUUUGAGCAUGAACGAACAUUCCUUUUAGAAUAUCAUAACCGAGUUAAGGAUGCAUCUGCUAAAUCUGAUAGGAUGACAAGAUCCCACAAAAGUGCUGCAGAUGAUUACAAUAGAAUUGGUUCUUCAUUAUAUGCUUUAGGAACUCAGGAUUCUACAGAUAUAUGCAAGUUUUUUCUCAAAGUUUCAGAACUGUUUGAUAAAACAAGAAAAAUAGAAGCACGAGUGUCUGCUGAUGAAGACCUCAAACUUUCCGACCUUUUAAAAUAUUACUUAAGGGAAUCUCAAGCUGCUAAGGAUCUCCUCUAUCGAAGAUCUAGGUCACUAGUGGAUUAUGAAAAUGCUAAUAAAGCACUGGAUAAAGCAAGAGCAAAAAAUAAAGAUGUUCUGCAGGCUGAAACCUCCCAACAAUUAUGUUGUCAGAAAUUUGAAAAAAUAUCUGAAUCUGCAAAACAAGAACUUAUAGAUUUUAAGACAAGAAGAGUUGCUGCAUUCAGAAAAAAUUUAGUGGAACUGGCAGAGUUAGAACUGAAGCAUGCAAAGGGUAACCUACAGUUGCUGCAGAACUGCUUGGCAGUGUUAAAUGGAGACACAUAAGCCACACUCCACCUUCAGUUAAAAAGGGCUGCCUUCCUUCAGAUUUUAUUUUUGUUUUCUUAAUGAUAUUAAGCAUUUACUGCUCACUGGAAACAAAAGAAACAGCUGACAAAGUGCAUCUACUCUCCUUUUUUCUGAGAAACCACGGAGCGGUGCCGUCCAUGGGCUCUGCCAGUGUGUGCGGUGGGAUGCAGCACCCCUGCACCUGUAUGCUCCCUGCGACAGCUGUCCCUCACCGUGCGCGCCUCCUCUCCCGAAGCCCAAAGUUCAGUCUUGUUUUAAGUAGCCUCUGUAACUGUGUUUAUUUUAUGAAUAGUAUUCCUUAUGGCUGCCAGUCUUACUUACUUUUAAGUACUUUCUGAAGUUUAACCCUUUUAAAAAUACAUUGCUGAAAUGAGAUAAAGAUUGCCAUUACCUUUUUUUGAAUUUUGUUUUUAAAAAACAUUGUAUACCACCUUAGUUCAUUCAUGUAUCCUGGUAAAGCAUCUUAAUCAGACUUAUUUUUAAUUAAUGAACAUUUCUUAGAAGUUUGGGGACAGAUUUUAUGUAAUCUUUAUAAGUAUGAUUUCUGAUGAAAAGCAAAUGCAUUAGUAUGUUUGCCUUAAACUUGUAGAAUAAACCAACUAUUAUCAAAUAAACAGUGAUAACAGUGA